AUGAUGACCAAAGCCGGCGUCCCAUCGCACAAGAUCGUCGUGGGCGUGACUAGUUACGGGAGGUCGUUCAAGAUGGCUGACGCGACCUGCCGCGGCCCAUUGUGUACUUAUCUCGGCGAGAGGAAUGAUUCGCCUGCAAAGCCCGGCCGUUGUACCGAGACCGGUGGCUACAUCUCCAACUACGAGAUCAACGAGAUCAUCAAACAAGGGGGUGCCAUCAAGAGCUGGUAUGACGAGGAAACAGAUUCCGACUACCUGGUCUAUAACUCCGUCGAGUGGGUGGCGUAUAUGACCGACAAGACCAAAGACCGCCGGCGUGAUCAGUAUAAGGGUCUGAACUGCGGUGGUACGACUGACUGGGCCAUUGAUCUCCAGGGCGAAGGUCGGCGUGCAGAGACAGGGGACCCGGUCUAUCUGGACCCUAUUCUUCCAUCUCCUACCACCAUCGACCCGGGCAAGUACACGACGUCGCUUCUGUACGGAAGCACCGCCAAAACCACCAGCAACGACGAAGUGAUCACCGCGUUUGUGACGCAGACCACGACAAUUACCCUGGACCUGCCUGUUAUCACUACGGACGAGGUGUCGUACUCCAACGUCAAUAUAACCCGGAGUCAAGACGCCAGUGAGCUCUGGGUCGGCGUCAGUAUUCCUAUCGGACCUGUGACCGGCCCGCCGAUUCGUGGAGAUGGCGACGACGACAACGACGACGACGACUGGGAAUUACCAAACCUAUUUCCAACUACAGCCGCGCCUGAACCAACAACAAAUGAGCCAGCCCCGACGACCUUGCCUACAUGGCGAACAUAUCCACCGUACGUUGUCGAGCCCGUCAACGAGGAAGACGGCGAUGACGAUGAUGAUGAUGAUGAUGAUGAUGGCGCGAUCAUUACGAGCUGCAAGCUUUGGUUUUUCAAUAUAUGCCUUGGUGGGCGAUUCAAGUCGAUCAGAUGGACCCUCCCUCCCGGAAUUUACCCACCUGGUCCGCCUCCGCCAGAUAUUCUUGGCCCCCCUGGAAAUUCCGUGUGGUCUAUCCAACCGCCGCUUCCCCCAUGGCCGCCACUCACUGUCGGCAGGGACAACAAGCUCACAUACAGCAACGAGCCGUCCUGCCAGACCGAGUCGGCAGAGCUCUGCUCCACGACGGUCUCGAAGUCGGAGACCCUGGUCGGAACUAUCACUUCCACGGUCACUGCCACUUCAUCCGCCUGCGAAACCGUAUACGGCUGCUCCUUAACGGACUCGGGGUCAACCAAAACCACCACGGCAUCAGUUUGCGAGCCCACGUCGGGCAGCGGCGGCGAAUAUCAGCCGCCUGCGGCCGGGUGCCCGGCUCCGGCCAUCGUCUACCCCAAGGAUCCGGAGAACGUAGGCUCAAUUCCCAGCCUGCUCCAGGGGUAUAAAGACUACGUAGAGGUGGGACUUACUACAGAACGCUGGGUGGCGUUCUACUGGAUUCCCAUGCUCGGUCAAGAUACCAUGGACGCUCUGAGGCACCCGACGUCGAAUACGCAUACUACUACGAGGAGACAAAUCUACUGCCCCGCGGCCCCGGGCUCUGCCUCCCCCAUGAGGGACUGCGGUGGCACAUCCUUUGCCUCCCCUCAAGUCGCUGCCCUGGCCAAUUACUUCCGCUCGGUGCCCUCUCCUUGGCAGUCCCAGUUGGACAAGCCCAGCAACGUGAAGAAGCUCAUCCAGCUCUUUGCGCGCCGCUUCGUGGUACACGACAGCCCAGUCCUUGCUCCCGCCCGACGGCUGGUCAUCUGGAACGGUCAGGUUGGCGAGCACAGCUGUCUCCGCGAGUACGGGUCGACGGAAGACUGGGCCAAGGUGUGCCCGACCAUCAAGGACAAUCUCGAGAACGAAGCCCCCAACCCGGGAGAGGACGUGAAGCCCUGCUUCCCCAACCAAAACACCAACCCCCCGACAGCUCGAAGACAACUUGGGCGCCGGCAAUCCGGCGGUGGUAGUGAUAGUUGCCCCCUUAUCCCCGGGGACAAUAGUGGGCCCGGACAGAACAUCAACUGGAACGAGGGUCCGUCCGGACCCAAAUGUACUAGCGAGAAUAACUGCGGCGGAGAGCUUUGCAAGGGAUACUACUGUGACCCGCACCCGGAGAUCAGCCAUCCUCCGGACUAUUAUGACCCCAAGGAUCCACAGAACCCUCAUGGCAUGCCGCCCCAGAAACCGACGUCGACAUCGACAACUACUGGUACAUCACCGACGACUACAUCAUCGCCGCCUGUUGAAACUCUCCCAUUGUGCCUUGGUACAUCAACAACCCCUUCAUCGCAAUUUCCAAUCUAUGCCUAUAGCAUUUAUGCGCCUGGUUCACACCGCAAUGGGAUAUUUGCCAGCAACGCCAAUAUUGGAUCGUCUCCGCCAAUCUGCGACAUCUCUAAGGACGAGUUCUCCUUUGACUUCUGCAAAAAAAGGCGAUGCCAAAUUUGUGAAUGA